AUGCCUCCACCACCUACACCGGCAACAGACGACACUACUAGUAUGGGAGUAUGUGGGGCAUGGUACUUGUCUGAGUGCACUGAAGUCACAUGCUGCGAAUCAUAUCGAUUUCGGCUCUAUAUUUUACUGUUUAGCGUUCUAUGCGUCCUAGCGGCAUUACUCGUUGGAGCGACAUGGUUACUCUUGGAAUUCCGUCCCUCUUACAGAAAUCGUAUUCGACGUACGGAUUCCGAGCAAGCACGUAUUGAAAUGAAAUCGUUCGAGGAGACAAGAUAUUUACGACGUUACUCUGAACUCAACCCACUACAAGCACGGCGGCAUUCAAUCGAUAAUUGA